GUGUGAGCGGGGCUGAGCGCAGCAUGCGAGGCGCCGCCGCCCAAGCCCUGCCCCACUGCCCGCCCGGAGCCAGCGCCCGAGGAGCAGCCGCCGCCGGCAGAGCAUGAGCGGGUCAGAGGCCCAGCGGCCCCCCGGCGCGGGGUCGGGGGAGGACCCCGCCGCGGCGGGGAAGGCUGCGGCCGGGGAACCGGUGCCGGAGCCUCCCUCGAUGCUGAGCGUCGACGUGUCGGGGCUGGUGUCGCAGUUCGCGCGGAGCUUCGCGCUGAUUUUCCCCGUGUACGUGCUGGGCUACCUGGGGCUCAGCUUCAGCUGGAUCCUCAUCGCCCUGCUCGGGCUCUUCUGGCUGCGCAGGCACCGCAGUGGCAAGAGCUCCCGCCUGGGCCGGGCCCUCGCCUUCCUGCAGGACGAGGAGCGGGUGGUGCGGCUCAGCGUCUCGUCGGCCGAGCUGCCUGCAUGGGUUCAUUUUCCAGAUACAGAAAGGGCAGAAUGGCUAAAUAAGACUGUAAAACACUUGUGGCCUUUUAUUUGCCAGUUUAUUGAGAAACUUUUCAGAGAAACGAUAGAACCAGCUGUGAGAGGAGCAAACAACCACCUUAGUACCUUCAGUUUCACAAAGAUUGAUAUAGGUCACCAGCCACUUCGGAUAAAUGGUGUAAAAGUAUACACUGAAAACGUAGAUAAAAGACAGAUCAUUUUGGAUCUUCACAUCAGUUUUGUCGGCAGUUGUGAAAUUGAUUUGGAGAUCAAGAGAUACUUCUGCAGAGCUGGUGUAAAAAGUAUACAGAUUCAUGGUACUAUGAGGGUUAUCCUGGAACCAUUGAUUGGAGACAUGCCCUUAAUUGGAGCAUUAUCUAUUUUUUUCCUUAGGAAACCUCUUCUGGAAAUUAAUUGGACAGGACUGACCAAUCUUCUGGAUGUUCCAGGACUGAAUGGUUUAUCGGAUACCAUAAUGUUGGAUAUAAUAUCCAACUACUUGGUGCUUCCAAAUCGAAUCACAGUCCCUCUUGUGAGUGAAGUACAGAUUGCCCAGUUGCGGUUCCCUAUACCAAAGGGUGUUCUAAGGAUACACUUUAUUGAAGCUCAGGAUCUGGAAGGGAAAGAUACUUAUCUAAAAGGAAUGGUCAAGGGAAAGUCAGAUCCUUAUGGAAUCAUUCGUGUUGGCAACCAAAUCUUCCAAAGCAAGGUCAUCAAAGAAAAUCUCAAUCCAAAGUGGAAUGAAGUGUAUGAGGCCUUAGUGUAUGAACAUCCUGGACAGGAGCUGGAGAUUGAGCUCUUUGAUGAAGAUCCAGACAAAGAUGACUUUCUGGGAAGUCUAAUGAUAGAUCUAACUGAAGUUGAGAAGGAACGCCUCCUAGAUGAGUGGUUCACUUUGGAUGAGGUCUCUAAAGGAAAAUUGCACUUAAAACUGGAAUGGCUCACAUUGAUGCCAACUGCUGAGAAUCUUGACAAGGUGCUGUCAAGCAUUAAAGCUGAUAAAGACCAAGCCAAUGAUGGGCUUUCUUCUGCAUUGCUUAUUCUGUAUUUGGAUUCAGCAAGAAAUCUACCAAGUAUCUACGAGGGAAACUUUGGGUGUGGCUACUUAAAAGAGAGGAGAGCAUCGGGACUAGUCUUUUGUGAAAACACUACCUCACUCUAUAGAGCACUAUUUAAUAAUCCAUUAAACUUUAACCCUGAUGGCUUGAAGAAGGCUGCUGUCCAGAAAGCCCUAAAGUCAGGAAAGAAGAUAAACAGCAACCCCAACCCUCUAGUCUUAUUGUCAGUUGGACACAAAGCACAGGAAAGUAAGAUUCGAUACAAGACCAAUGAACCUGUAUGGGAGGAACACUUCACUUUCUUCAUUCACAAUCCCAAACGGCAGGAACUUGAAGUUGAGGUCAAGGAUGAACAACAUCAGUGUUCUCUGGGAAAUUUCAAGCUUCCUCUGAGCCAACUGCUGGCACGUGAAGAUCUAACUAUGCAUCAGCGGUUCCAGCUUAGCAAUUCUGGUCCAAACAGCACCAUAAACAUGAAGAUGGCACUCAGGGUACUGUCUCUUGAAAAGCCAGAGAGGUCUCCAGAUCAUCAACACUCAGCCCAAGUAAAGAGGCCCUCUGUUUCCAAAGACUCAAGAAAAGGUUCUUUUAAGCCUCAGGUCCCUGUUUCACCACCAGCUGAUUCACAUAAACCUGUCCCAGCUUCCCCAGUGAUCGACAGUGAUAAAAAGACUGAUAUAGCUGAAAAAAAUCAUCCUCCUAAUGCCAGUCCCCAGUGGCCAGCAGAUCUUAGCCGAAGCUCCUCCAGUCUCCUUGUCUCCAACAUCACCUAUUCUCCCAGCCACCUCUCAGUCAAAGAACCAACUCCAAGUAUCGCCUCAGACAUAUCGCUGCCCAUCGCCACACAGGAGCUACGUCAGAGACUGCGACAACUUGAAAAUGGAACAACUCUGGGACAGUCUCCAUUAGGCCAAAUUCAGUUGACAAUUCGUCAGAGCUCACAAAGAAACAAACUUAUUGUGGUGGUGCAUUCUUGCAGAAAUUUAAUCGCCUUUUCAGAGGAGGGAUCUGACCCAUAUGUCCGAAUGUAUUUAUUACCUGACAAGAGAAGAUCAGGAAGAAGAAAAACACAUGUAUCAAAGAAGACAUUAAACCCAGUGUUCGAUCAAACCUUUGAUUUCAGUGUUUCUCUACCUGACGUGCAGAGGAGGACGCUAGAUGUAGCAGUGAAGAACAGUGGUGGUUUCUUGUCCAAAGACAAAGGGCUGCUUGGCAAGUUAUUGAUACCUCUGGCAUCUGAAGAACUUACCAAAGGCUGGACCCAGUGGUAUGACUUAACAGAAGAUGGUACAAAGCCACAUGUUGUAACCUAGGCGCCGUUAGACACCAGGAGUUCCCCCUAGCAUACUUUUGCCAACCUUUAUAUAUUUUAAAAGCAUUGUUCUCACAGAUGUAUCAAUAUUAUUUUUAUAGCUUCAUUUAUUUACUUAUUAAACACACCCCAAUGGUUUUAUAACACUUGGACAUUAUAUGUAGGUUUAGCCAAUCUUAUUGUUAAACUUUGUAUUUUAAUUUGCUGAACUACUUUUCAUGUUACUGUAAUGUGCAAUGGUAUGGUAGAGUAACCUCUUGUGUUUAAAUUGAACUUUAUGGCAGUUGUACCUAUUAGAAAGUGAAAAGAUGCUGUUCUGCUGUUUUCCUGCCUUGUUUUGUAUAUCACCGAGGUACACUGUACCAUGUAAAUAUAUACUAUUUUUUUUUAUAAUUUUUUCAUCCUGGUUUGAAGUCAGAAGAAAACAGAUCAAAGAUAGAUAUUUUCUUCUAAAUGCAUGUUAAAUUCUUUGGACAAAUCUUGUAUUGCCCUUGUAGCAAAAUGGUCUUAAAAUUAUUAAUUUUGUGGAUUUUUUUUUUAAUUGAAAGACAUUAUUAAGAUUUGACAGUGCGUUUCUGGCCCUGUAAGGCUAGUAAAAGAAAACGUACAAAGCAUUAAUAUUUUAAUAUUUAUAUAGAAAUGUAUUAUUGGAAAGUCAUUCUAGAGAAUAUAAUAAAUAUGUUGAGAAUUCUAGAAACAUUAUAUGAAGAAAGGAUUGUCAUGGUCCAUGAAUCACAGCAUAUAAAUCUGGGGUUUCAUAUGAUGCAGGAAUGAAGACUUACAAACCGUACAAUAUUUUAUUAUGCAGAUUGACUUAUUUCUUAUUGGUGUAAUUUAUUCCCAUAAUUUAUAGCACCGUACUUAUGAUCUUCUGAAAGAAUGGUGAGGACAGUAACCUUCCAUAUUAGAAACCAGGUCUCCUAAAUACCCGCUCUUGGACUGUCCUAACAAUUGUAUUGUCAUUACAUUGACAGAUAAGGUAUAUGAAGCAUCUUAUAAUUCAGGCUCAUUAAAUAGACACAGUAGUCUUUUUAUUAUAUGGAAUAUGUAUAAUAUUAAAGUGGAGCACAAACUGGAAAAAAAACACUAUGAAAUCCAGAGUUGACACUCUUUCCGUAAUUGCUUCAUUGCUGCCUAAUGUUCCAUGAGGCAAAAUGCACCCCCAAUACUACCCCUGUGUCAUGUAGGUUCUUUUGAAACAUUGCUGUAUUUUUCUGCCAGGGCCCACAACAAUGUAGAUAACACACACCAGCAAGAAAGUAGACAAUUGAAAGUUGAGGACACACCCCUACAACCUUCCUGCUAUGAAUCACAGGAGGACUGUUUUUAUAUCCAAUUUGUUUUCCUUUUUGAAAGCUUUCUCAGACUGUUAUAAAAUGUUCAUUAUGAACACAAGAAACCAGUGCAGCUCUUUCAGAGCCAUUAGCCUCAUGAUCAUGGGUAAAUAUGCAAUUAGACAACAGAAGUGUAUUAUUUAGUUAAGAGUCUAGAAUUGAGUCUUAGCCAAGAAAGAAUUUUUAAGGCAGAAUAAACUCCUGAAAAAAUAGCUUUAUAAUAUAAUUACUAACAGAACCUUAAUUCUAGAUGUGGAAUAUACCUAUGUUAACUAAAUAUACCAAAGUGCCUACCGUAGAUGUAGCCUGUUGUUUCCAUCAAACUUAAGCAUCGGCCCAUUUUAGUUUAUGUCAAUCUGUGUUUUCACACUAUUUAUCUAUUACACACAUACUCAUAUAUACAGUGGAACUCUUUUAUAGUGAGGUCAUUUUAUUUCACAGAACAGCUUCAGCAGACAAAACUCACACUGGGAGUUUUGCAAGCAUUUAGACUGCAGGAUUGAGCUGUGCAGAGAGCCCUAUAAACCAUAAGAAAACUGGAGAAUUUUCCACUUCAUGUAACAGGUCUGCCUCUUGUUCAAGUUCACUAAAGGUUCCACUCUGUGUAUUAAUGGGUAUGUAUAAAUAUGUACACACACUCAUUAUCUACACACACAAUGGAAUAUAUUAUGAAAUAUAACUUGCCUUAUGGAAUAAUCAUUCAUCCCUUUACACUGUAGGGAGGAGGAACAGAGAGAGAAUGGAUGUAAAUGCAAAUGAAGAUGCAGAAAGUAAGAGCUGAUGUAAGUAAAGGAGGUCUAGCUCAGUGGCAUUGCCUUUUGCCUCAGUUCAGCUUCUAGAAGGAAGGAUUCUUAGUGUAAAUGUAGUUGACAGCUGUGGUUAACACCAUGACCAGUGACAUCAGGGAGUUCAAUCCCUAUCUAAAGGCUAAAUUUUCAGCCCCAUACUGUGGUUCAACUUUAAGUGCUGACUUGAGGAAGAAGUUAGUCUUGAUGCUGGAUCACAAAUAACGGCAUGUUUUUCCUUCUUUACUCCCGAGGAGGAAAAGGCGGUGUUUGUGGUAAAGACAAGAGGUAGUAACACAAAAUGGAGGAGAAAACGAAUGUAGAAUUUAUAGCACAGAUUUUCAAAAUGGCUCAGCACUCACCAUCAGGCCUAGAUUUUCAAGAUAGCCCAGCUCCACUUAGGUACCUAAAAUGAAGAGGCCACAUUUUCAAAAUAACUGAGCGCCCAACAGCUCCUGUUUGUUCUCAAUAGUCACCGCUGGGUGCUUUUUGAAAAUCUGGCCUUGCGUAAAAAAUGGAUCAGAACAAUUCAGUCCAAGUAAGCAUGUCUUUUUCUGCCCUCAGUAGUGGGGAAAAAAACUGUGUGUCAUAGUAACUAUUAGUCUUGGCUUGUUCUUUUAUUUGGGAAGAGAAAAAAGCGAGGAUGCUUAUUUUUCCUUUUGGUCCAAAAAACGUAUCUCGUUAGUAAGUCAUGGCUUGAAUGUCAGGUGAUUAGCUUUCCAUGUAGUUUGUUUGUUUAUCCUGUGCCUUAGAAUAUGAACAUAUAAAGGUGUUUAAAAUAUGUUUCAAAUAAAAAAUGAGCUUUGUUAGCUGUGUUUACCAACAUUUAUGUUCUGUGAUAUGGAAACGGUUUUUAGAAAUGCUGCGCUUCACUGGGAAGAAGACCAGCACUUUUAAAUUCAGAGCUGGCAUAAUCCAAAAACAAAUCACUGUGUGUCACUUGGAUUAAAAGAGAUGAAUCUUUUGUUUGGAAUCCUUUCUUUAGCAGAGGUGCAGCAACUGGUGAGAGUUGAAACGAGAACAAAGCGUGAUCUAUUUUGUACAGAUUGCCUUUUUUGCUCAUGUAAUUCUACAUUAUGCUGCAUGUAUUUAUUCAAUAAACAAUUCAUAUGAAAGUCA